CAGAUAGACACUUUACUUAACCUAUAAAACAAAAAACUGGUUAUGACUACUUUUUAGCCUGACAGUAUUUAUUAAAAGUAAACUUAAAAUAUGGGCAAAUUGACACAAUUUGUUAAUUGUAAAAUUCUUAGAAAUCAUUCCAUUUUUAAAGAAGAUUUGUGGGUGAGAGAUGGGAAAAUUGUAAAUCCUGAAAAAGUUUUUUUUGAUGAAAAAGUAAAGGCUGAUUUUGUGAUAGAUUGUAAAGGAAGCAUAAUUGCACCAGGGUUCAUAGAGUUACAAAUUAAUGGUGGUCUGGGCUAUGACUUUUCCUUUCUUGAAAAUACAGAGAAGGGUGUUUCUGUUGUUUCAAAGUUUUUAUUAAGUCAUGGUGUAACAUCAUUUUGCCCAACUGUAGUGACCUCACCAAAAGAAAUAUAUCACUCGGUAUUACCAAAAAUUACAAGAAGAAAAGGUGGUAAAAAUGGAGCUACUAUUAUAGGGGUACAUGUUGAAGGACCUUUCAUCAGCAAAGCAAAAAAGGGGGCACAUCCUCCAGAACAUAUAGUGACAUUUGAAAAAGGUAUAUCAGAUUUAGAAGAUGUCUAUGGAAGUUUAGACAAUGUGCAAAUUAUAACAUUAGCUCCUGAAUUGGACAAUUCAUCUAAAGUAAUACAAGAACUUAGAAAAAGAAAUAUAAUCGUAUCUGUCGGUCAUUCCAUUGCCGAUUUAGCCAAUGGAGAAGUUGCCGUAAAUAAUGGGGCUUCGUUGAUAACGCAUUUAUUUAACGCAAUGUUACCAUUCCAUCAUAGAGAUCCAGGUUUAGUUGGGCUUUUGGCAUCGGACAAAAUUCCUGAAGGAAGGACUAUCUUUUUCGGAAUUAUCUCUGAUGGCAUUCAUACUCAAGCAGCUGCGUUAAGGAUUGCUUAUAGAGUUCAUGCUGAAGGUUUAAUUUUAGUGACUGAUGCCAUAUCGGCGAUGGGUUUAAACGAAGGACAACAUAAAAUUGGUCAGAUGGAUAUAGAAAUACGAGAUAGAAAAGCAUACAUAGCAGGGACCAACACUUUAUGUGGAAGCAUAGCUUCAAUGAUACAAUGCAUUAAAAUAUUUUUGCAAGCUACUGGUUGUACUCCAGAAUAUGCACUAGAAGCAGCAAGUUUACAUCCAGCGAAAUUACUCGGUAUCGAGAAAGUUAAAGGCACGUUGGACUUUGGCGCAGAUGCAGAUUUUGUUUUUCUAAACGAGAAUUUUGAUGUUGUGUCUACAUGGAUAGCCGGAGAAUGUGUUUAUAAUGUUGAAGCUUAAAGUUAUACGUUUACUAUAUCUGUUAUAAGUUAUAAACAUUUUUAUAUAAAUUUUAUAAAAAAUAUAUGAUUAUU